AAACACAAAUUCUUUCGGUGUGUUGGCAACAACAAACAUCCUUGCAUGUGGAUAAUUUGCCGUGCUGUAAAUUUGGCCCCCCGUGUUCUUGCGAUCGAUUAAUCCGGUAAAAUGCCUACCGUCGGCGUGAAACGUGACCUGCUCUUCAAAGCUCUGGGCAAAACGUACACUGAUGAUGAAUUCCAAAAACUAUGCUUCGAGUUUGGCCUGGAGCUGGACGAAGUGACGACGGAAAAGCAGAUGAUUACCAAGGAACAGGGUCAGGUAGAGGCGGCGAAAGAUGCAUCGGAAGAGAUCAUCUAUCGCAUCGACAUUCCGGCUAACCGGUACGAUCUGCUGUGUCUGGAAGGGUUGGUCAUGGGGCUGCAGGUGUUCCUGGGCAAGCUCAAGUUCCCUCGCUUCAGCAAGGUGGGCCCCGCCGGUAAGGGUACUGCGCCGCAGAAGAUGAUCGUCACGAAAGCUACCGCCCAAAUCCGCCCGUUCGCGGUGGCGGCCGUUUUGCGUGACAUCACCUUCACGAAGGAUUCGUACGACAGCUUCAUCGAUCUGCAGGACAAACUGCACCAAAACAUAUGCCGUAAGCGGGCGCUGGUAGCCAUCGGAACGCACGAUCUAGACACACUGCAGGGACCGUUCACGUACGAUGCUAAACCACCGAAGGACAUUCGCUUUGUGCCGCUGAACCAGGAGAAGGCGAUGAGCGGCGAGGAGCUGAUGGAGUUCUACUCAACGCACGCCCAGCUCAAAGCCUACCUUCCCAUCAUCCGCGACUCCCCGGUGUAUCCGGUGAUUUACGAUGCGAACGGCGUGGUGCUAUCGCUACCACCGAUCAUCAACGGGGAUCACUCGAAGAUUUCGCUCAAGACGCGAAAUGUGUUCAUCGAGUGCACGGCAACGGACCUCACCAAGGCGCGCAUUGUGCUCGAUACGCUCGUGUGCAUGUUUUCGACCCACUGCGCGAAACAGUUCACCGUCGAGUACUGCGAGGUGGUGUCGGCCGCUGGUGAAACGAAACAGUAUCCGGAUCUCGCCUUCAGAAAGGAAACCAUUUCCGUAGCCAAAACGAACGCCUACAUCGGGCUGAACGUAUCGGCCGAGGAGAUGGCAAAGCUGCUGAACCGAUUGCUUCCUACCAAGCAAACCGAUGCGGACACGCUGGAGGUGGAAAUUCCACCCACCCGGCACGAUAUGCUGCACGUCUGCGACAUCUACGAGGAUGUGGCCAUCGCGUACGGGUACAAUCGCAUCCCGAAAACGCUCCCGGCCAAGAUGCACAUCGCCAAGCAGUACCCGCUGAACAAGCUGACCGAGCAGCUGCGGGAACAGAUUGCACAGGCCGGGUUUACGGAGGGACUAACGUUCACGCUUUGCUCGCGAGACGACAUUGCGACGAAGAUGAAUGCCAGCAUCGAGCAAAUCCCGGCCGUGCACAUUGCCAACCCGAAAACGCUCGAGUUUCAGGUGGUCCGUACGACGCUGAUACCGGGCUUGCUGAAAACGUUGGCCGCUAACAGGAAGAUGCCACUGCCGCUAAAGCUUUUUGAGGUGUCGGAUGUUGUGCUGGCGGACAGCAAGUCGGAGGUUGGCGCGAAGAACGAGCGCCGGGUGUGUGCGGUAAACUGUAACAAGACGGCUGGGUUUGAGGUGGUGCACGGGCUGUUGGACCGGGUGAUGCAGCUGCUGGAAGUGCCGUGGGAUAAGGCGACCGGGUACUACCUGCGGGCGUGCGAUGAUCCGGCCUACUUCCCGGGCCGUUGCGCUGCCGUCCUUUACAAGGGCACGGAAAUUGGACGCAUUGGGGUGCUGCAUCCGACUGUGCUGCAAGCGUUCGAGCUUACGACGCCGUGUUCGGUGGUCGAGUUCAACAUGGAAUACUUUGUCUAGAACCGUGCGGCUCUCGAUGGUCUCGUGAAGGGAAAUAAAACACAUUGCUCUACAUCUGUUA